CUGAUUCUCCUUUGUUCAGGAAUUUACGUAUACGAAGGCAAAAAGAAGAAGGUCAACGAAGAUGCACUGAAAAUUCUUCAGAAAUACAAAUUAACGCCACCAGAAAACUGCACUUCAACAGAAGAUCGCCAGUUACGUCUUGCUACUCGAUUCGUCAAUGAAGCAUUGCUCUGCCUUGAAGAAGGAGUGAUCUCUAGCCCUGUGAGCUGA